AUGUUCUUCUGCGCGCGAUGUUGUCUUCGCAGUGCCACACCACGAGGAUUGCGAUCACAUCUGCGACGUCUUCGGGCAGUUAGUCAAGCAGCACAGCGAGAACUGCGUGAACGACGGCAACAACAGCAGAAAGAAGAAAAUACUAACAAGACCUUUUCUUCUUCUUCUUCUUCUUCUUCCCCUUCAUCAUCAUCAUCAUGUGGAGGGGUGCGUGUGGAGUGGCUUCCUCGAAAUGAUGCCUUGGAGAGCGCCAUUGCAUUGGCGAUUAGUGAAAACCGAGACGCGCGGACGGAGUUGGAAUUCACACGUCACUUCCUGCAGGGAUCAUUUCUUUCAUUAGCAUCACCUGUGGGUCCGUGGGAUCCGUAUGACACUAAACCGCAGGUGUUUGCUCUGGGUAAAUACAUUGCACUUCCUGUAUUCACCUCACUAGCGUACUUGCGUCUUUUCUGCAAACAAUUCCGUUUUACUGUGCGUGAUCCUAGUGGGAUUCUUUGGGCUGAUGGACCUGCGGAUGCUGCGGAGGAAGAGAGGACUGGGGCUCAGCGUUGUAAUGCCCCGCCUUUGCCUGAUGUUUCUAAGAGCGAGUGGUGGGAACGAUAUGUGAAACAGCAACAACUCUCCGCCACUCCACUUAUAGUAGCCAAGGAACCGGCUUACGAACAGGAGGUGCACAUGAAAGAGAAUAGUUUCAAUAGUGUGAACAAUCAGAGUUCAAUAUUGAAUGCAGAUGAUCUUUUUCAAGAGGUUGAGUUGACACCCCAAGAAAAUGUUGAUACUUCUAAUAAAGAAGAAGGUAUUUGUAAAAAGAAAAAGUUAAAAAAGUUAGUGAGACGUACCAAACGGAUCAAGAAGGGACUUGCUAAGAAAUUCAAGUACAAGAUGAAGAAUAAGAAUAGUAAAAUCAUCGGCGGCAACAAUCGUGGUAGUGGCAAAAUAAAAAUCAGUAAACGCAAUAGCAAAAAGAGAGAUUCCCAAGAAGCGAAUAAGGAAGAGGUUUCACCUGAAGAAAAUGCAGCAAAUAAUCAUAGUGAUUUACAUGAGGCAUUCUGGGCAAAAGUUAGUGCUACGGCUCCAUUUCGUAUUGCCCAAGCGACUCCACUUCCUGUUUUUGGUCCAUUAUUACGACCUUUUUUUGUUGGAUACUUCGCUGAUAUUGACACACUUCUUCACAAUGCUUCUAUCGUUCCUGAUAAAGUAGAUAUCGUACUUAAUCCUUGCUCUGCCAUUGAGUUUGUUCUCGCACGGGAAGCUACCAAUCGUAUAUUGCAGAAAGAUCAAUUACUUUUGUUAGCAUACCAACGUGUAGAGAAGGAACUACGCGGAGAGUUUCACCGUUUUUUGCACUACUUUGCUCCUGAGGUGGCAUGGGCACGGAGUUCAUGCGUUCCUUCUCCAGUGCCCGGCAAACCAGAUGAGGUGAAGUAUGAAUUAGUUAUUCUUUUGCAGAGUGAUGACUUUGGAAAGACAUUCUCUAGCCUACGUGCGGCGAAGGCUCGUUGUUUGCUGAUGGGCCACGCAGAUCUGGACGUAUUACCAUGGGAAGGGGCGGCCCCUUAUGUGAGAGAAGCCUCUACACUAUUUUAUGAACGUACAUCAUUGGAUGAUGGAAUUUGCAGAGGAGAGGAAAGGGCUCUUGGCGUUUUUGAGCAGCGUGGACCGGUGGAGACGAUUAAUGUAGCCCAGUCAGCAGAUAGUUUUUAUCAUGAUCCCACCGCAGCUUACACAGAGGGACACGCCGUGUUCACAGAGGAACUAAGACUAAAACGACGUUUGCGUUAA